CAUUAUUUAAGUGCAUAGAGUAACACAAGGAAGUAAUAUCCCACAUCUGUGUUUCCAUCCAAUUAUCAAACUCCGGUAGUCUCGUCUUCCUCAACCAAAAAAUGAAGCCCUUUUCUCUCAUCAUACAUGAAUUUGGUUCUACAUGCCUUCCCCUAUUUCUUCUCUUAAUUACUUUGAACUCACUUUGGUUUGGCCCAAACACAACUGCCUCUGCAUCAGGAAAUGAAACUGAUCACUUGGCAUUGCUCAAAUUCAAGGAAUCAAUAUCCAAUGACCCAUCUGGAAUCUUGUUCUCUUGGAAUAGUUCUAUCCACUUCUGCAACUGGCAUGGACUCACAUGCAGCCCCAUGCAUCAAAGAGUUACCGAGUUGAACCUACAAGGUUAUCAAUUGCAUGGGCUCAUAUCUCCACAAAUUGGCAAUCUUUCUUUUCUUAUAGAACUCAACCUCGCAAAUAACAACUUCUACGGAAAAAUCCCACAAGAAUUGGGUCGAUUGUUACAACUGCAGCAACUCUCUCUCGUCAAUAACUCAUUGACUGGGGGAAUUCCUACAAACUUGACAAGUUGCUCUGAUCUCAAAAGCUUAUUAUUGGGAGGGAAUAAUCUUAUUAGCAGCAUACCAAUUGAAAUUGCCUCUCUCCAGAAACUUCAGAUAUUGUACGUUGCAAGAAACAAUUUAACCGGAGGAGUCCCGCCAUUCAUAGGAAAUUUUUCAUCCCUAAAUCAUCUCAGGGUGGGUUAUAAUAACUUGGAGGGAGAAAUUCCACAAGAAAUAUGCCGCCUUAAAAACCUGACAUUGAUAGCAGUGGGUGUAAACAAAUUGUCGGGUACAUUUCCUUCUUGUCUUUAUAAUAUGUCAUCUCUUACUAUAAUCACAGCUACAGAGAACCAAUUUAAUGGCUCUCUUCCACCCAAUAUGUUCCUCACCCUUCCCAAUCUCCAAGACUUUGAAAUUGGUGAGAAUCAAAUCUCAGGUUUGAUUCCCACUUCCAUUGCAAAUGCUUCUAUCCUUCAAGUACUUGAUAUCGGUGCAAACCAUUUUGUAGGACAAGUUCCGAGUAUGGGGAAGCUAAGAGAUCUGUAUUUCCUACAAUUGUCUGAAAGCAAUCUAGGUGGCAAUUUAACUACGGAUUUGGAUUUCUUAAAAUCAUUGACAAACUGUAGUAAGUUGCAACUAUUAGGUAUCGCCAACAAUAAGUUUGUAGGUCAUUUGCCAAAUUGCUUGGGUAAUUUAUCCUCCCAACUCACUCAACUAGAUCUUGGGGGUAAUCAGAUAUCAGGACAAAUUCCUACAGAAUUAGGAAAUCUAAUUAGCUUAACUCUCUUGGGCAUGGAAAAUAGUCGUCUUGAAGGGAUUAUUCCAUCUGCUUUUGGAAAGUUUCAGAAUAUGCAACUUUUAUAUUUGGGUGGAAACAAGCUGUCAGGAAAUAUACCAUCCAUCAUAGGCAACCUCAGUUUGUUGUUUUAUUUGGAUUUAGACCAAAAUUUGUUAGAAGGAAAUAUUCCUACAAGUAUAGGGAAUUGUCAAAAGUUGCAAGUUCUAGACCUUUCCCGGAACUACCUUAGAGGAACUAUACCCUUAGAGAUUUUUAGUCUUUCCUCUUUAACAAAUUUACUAGACUUGUCACAUAACUCAUUAAGUGGUAGUCUACCAAAUGAAGUGGGCCAAUUAAAAAAUAUUAAUGUGCUUAAUGUCUCUGAAAAUCAUCUGUCUGGUAAUAUUCCUAUAACCAUUGGAGAAUGCUCAAGCUUGGAGUACCUUUAUUUGAAGGGGAAUUCUUUCCUUGGAAUCAUACCAUCCUCUUUGGCUUCACUAAAAGGUCUUCGACAUUUAGAUCUAUCACGAAAUCACUUGUCUGGAUUAAUCCCUGAUGUUUUGCAAAAUAUUGCUUUUUUAGAAUACUUAAAUGUAUCAUUUAACAUGUUGGAUGGCGAGGUACCAACUAAAGGUGUCUUUCGAAAUGCAAGUGAGUUAGUAGUGACUGGAAACAACAAGCUUUGUGGAGGUGUUUUAGAGCUGCAUCUACCGCCAUGCCCUGUCAAAGGUGACCAACAUGCAAAACACCACAAUUCCAGGUUGAUAGCAGUGAUAAUUAGUGUAGUUUCUUUUCUUCUGAUACUUUCAUUCGUUCUCACUUUCUUUUGGAUGAGGAAAAGAAGCAAGAAACAAUCAUCUGAUUCACCAACAAUUGACCAGUUGGCCAAGGUUUCAUACCAAAAUCUACACCAUGGAACCGAUGGGUUUUCAACAAGAAACUUGAUAGGAUCUGGAAGUUUCGGCUCUGUGUACAAAGGAACUAUUGAGCCAGAAGACACAGUUGUUGCCAUAAAAGUCCUAAAUCUUCAAAAGAAGGGAGCUCACAAGAGUUUCAUGGCUGAAUGCAAUGCACUCAAAAAUAUUAGGCAUCGAAAUCUGGUUAAGAUUUUAACAUGUUGUUCUAGCAUAGAUUUCAAAGGUCAAGAAUUUAAAGCUCUUGUUUUUGAGUACAUGACAAAUGGAAGCUUAGAAAGUUGGUUGCAUCCAGCAGCAGAUAUUACAGAUCGGCCUAGAUCUUUGAACCUUGAGGAAAUGUUAAAUAUUAUUAAUGAUGUUGCUUCAGCAGUUCAUUAUCUUCACUACGAAUGUGAGCAAGCUAUCAUUCAUUGUGAUUUGAAGCCUAGUAAUGUUCUUCUUGAUGAUUGCAUGGUAGCUCAUGUAAGUGAUUUUGGCCUAGCACGAAUACUCUCAAGUGUUGGAGUCUCUUUGAUGCAAAGUAGCACAAUUGGAAUAAAGGGAACUAUUGGUUAUGCUCCUCCAGAGUACGGAAUGGGUUCUGAGGUGUCAAUUGAAGGUGAUAUGUAUAGCUUCGGAAUUCUGAUUUUAGAACUGCUAACCGGAAGGAGACCAACAGAUGAAAUGUUUAAAGAUGGUCACAAUCUCCACAAUUAUGUUAAAAUUUCAUUUUUGAAUAACCUUUUGCAGAUUGUGGACCUGACUAUUCUCAACGAAGAAAAUGCUACUAGCAAUGAGAACUUUGGCCUUAUGCAUCCUAAUGUAGAAAAUUGUUUGCGUUCGCUUUUUAAGAUUGCACUUGCUUGUUCACUGGAAUCACCAAAAGAAAGAAUAAGCAUGAUUGAUGUCAUGAAGGAGCUUAAUCUAAUCAAAAGUUUCUUCCUUUCAUAAAUUUAAUGGAGGUUGUCCAAAACAAAAAAAUGAUGUAGAGGCGUCAUCAUACUAUAGCUACUAAUUAAUGCCAAUAGAUGUUUGAUAUCUUUCGAAUGUUACCUCUUAUUGUAAAUGUUUUUCCUUACUCACAUUUAAAAAUACUAAUAAAUUAUUUGAUAUCAACCUAGAUCAUUGUCCAUUAUCUAUAGCAAUAUCAGCUAGUCCACGUAGCAUUAUGAGAAAACCUCAUCUUCCAAUUUUUCUCAACCCCAAAAAGUAGUAGUGACAUAAAU